GGAGGAGGGCGAGGGGCGGCAGGCGAGCGCGGAGGAAGGUAGGGGGCAAACGGGGAGCCCCUUCUGCCGGCGGAGAGGCGGCCCCCGCCCACACCCAGGUGUGAUACCAUAAUGGCGGGCAACAGUUUGGUCCUACCAAUUGUGCUAUGGGGACGCAAAGCUCCCACUCACUGUGUAUCGGCCAUCCUACUAAUGGAUGAUGUGUCAAUGAUUGUAACGGGAUGCCAUGAUGGACAGAUAUGUCUCUGGGACCUCUCUUCAGAUCUGGAAAUAAAUCCUAGAGCCCUGCUGUUUGGUCACACAGCUUCAGUUACUUGUUUGUCCAAGGCCAGUGCUUCGUCCGAGAAGCAGUAUAUAGUGAGCGCAUCAGAAAGUGGGGAGAUGUGCCUCUGGGAUGUGAAUGAUGGAAGAUGCAUUGAAUUUACUAAAUUAGCCUGCACACAUACUGGUAUACAGUUCUAUCAGUUCACAAUUGGAACCCAGCGCGAGGGGAGACUGUUGUGUCACGGCCACUACCCAGAAAUUCUUGUUGUGGAUGCUACCAGCCUUGAAGUUCUUUAUUCCUUGGUGUCAAAGAUUUCUCCUGACUGGAUCAGCUCCAUGAGUGUUAUCCGAUCUCACAGAACACAAGAGGAUACUGUUGUGGCCGUUUCAGUGACUGGCAUUCUGAAAGUGUGGAUAGUAACUUCUGAAGUGAAUCACAUGCAGGACACAGAGCCAAUAUUUGAAGAGGAGUCUAAACCAAUUUACUGUCAAAACUGCCAAAGUAUUUCUUUCUGUGCAUUUACCCAAAGAUCGCUUUUGGUAGUUUGUUCUAAAUACUGGAGGGUGUUUGAUGCUGGUGAUUAUUCCCUGUUAUGCUCAGUCCCCAGUGAGAAUGGACAGACAUGGACAGGUGGUGAUUUUGUAUCAGCGGACAAAGUAAUCAUAUGGACAGAAGAUGGUCAAAGUCUUAUAUAUAAACUGCCAGCCAGCUGCUUGCCAGCUAGUGAUUCAUUUCGCAGUGAUGUUGGAAAAGUCGUUGAAAAUCUAAAUCCCCCUCAACUCCAUUGUGUUGUGGACAGAGCAGUGGAGAAAUCAGAUAAACAGUUAUUAAUCUGCCCUCCUGUGACUCGGUUCUUCUACGGCCGCAGAGAGUGUUUUCACAAACUGCUUAUUCAGGGAGACUCCUCAGGGAGGCUCAGCAUUUGGAGUAUCCCAAAUUCACUUGACCAUCCAACUGCGACAGAAGCAGGAUUGAAAGUGACAACUUCCACUUCCCUGCAAGAAGCAUUCACCAAACUUGCUCCUCGUCCUGCUGGAAUUAUAGAUCAGCUGAGCUUCAUGCCCAAUAGCGAUGAGCCGCUUAAAGUGACGGCAAGUGUCUAUAUCCCUGCGCAUGGACGCCUGGUUUGCGGCCGUGAAGAUGGAAGCAUCAUUAUUGUACCAGCAACUCAAACUGCUAUAGUUCAGCUCCUGCAAGAUGAGCACGUGCGCAGAAGGGGUUGGCCGCCCCACAGAACUCUGCGUGGCCAUCGGAACAAAGUCACCUGCUUGCUGUAUCCCCACCAAGUCUCCUCUCGUUACGACCAAAGGUACCUGGUGUCAGGCGGCGUGGAUUUUUCCAUCAUUAUCUGGGACAUCUUUUCUGGAGAAAUGAAACACAUCUUCUGUGUGCACGGUGGGGAAAUCACGCAACUUUUGGUCCCUCCGGAAAACUGCAGUUCGAGAGUCCAGCACUGUGUUUGCUCCGUUGCCAGUGACCACUCAGUAGGACUUCUGAGUUUACGGGAGAAAAAGUGUAUCAUGUUAGCUUCCCGGCACCUCUUUCCUAUUCAUGUCAUAAAGUGGAGACCAUCAGAUGACUACCUAGUUGUGGGCUGUUCAGAUGGCUCUGUGUAUGUCUGGCAGAUGGAUACUGGUGCUCUUGAUCGCUGCGUUAUGGGAAUAACAGCCGUGGAGAUCCUGAAUGCCUGUGAUGAGGCUGUGCCUGCCGCAGUCGAUUCCCUCAGCCAUCCUGCUGUCAACUUAAAGCAGGCCAUGACCCGGCGAAGCCUUGCAGCUCUGAAAAACAUGGCCCAUCAGAAACUCCAGACUCUUGCCACAAAUCUCCUGGCCUCUGAUUCAGCUGACAAAGGAAAUUUGCCUAAGUACUCUCACAACUCUCUGAUGGUUCAGGCCCUGAAGACUAACUUAACAGACCCAGAUGUCCAUGUGCUCUUCUUUGAUGUAGAAGCUCUGAUUAUUCAACUGCUAACUGAAGAAGCCUCCAGGCCUAAUACAGCCCUUAUUUCCCCAGAGAAUUUGCAGAAAGCAUCUGGUAGUUCUGAGAAAGGGAGCUCCUUCCUGGCUGGCAAACGAGCAGCGGUCCUGUUCCAGCAGGUCAAAGAAACAAUCAAAGAGAACAUAAAAGAACAUCUCCUUGAUGAGGACGAGGACGACGAGGAAGCCAGGCAGAGGAGAGAAGACAGCGAUCCCGAGUACCGGUCCAGCAAAUCUAAGCCCUUAACCCUCUUAGAAUACAACCUAACCAUGGACACGGCCAAGUUGUUUAUGUCAUGCCUUCAUGCUUGGGGCUUGAACGGUGUUCUAGAUGAGCUUUGCAGCGACCGCUUGGGGAUGCUGAGACCUCACUGCUCCGUCUCUUUUGGCUUGCUCUCGAGAGGAGGCCACAUGUCACUGAUGCUUCCCGGAUACAAUCAGCCCAUAGGCAAGAUGCCCUCUCUUGAUGUGGAGGUAGGAAAGUCUGUAUCUCCCACGGAGGGACAUAUCAGAGGAACAUACGGCAUAUCACGCGCAGUAACUACUCAGCACCUCCUCUCCAUUAUCUCCUUGGCUAACACCUUGAUGAGCAUGACGAACGCAACAUUCAUUGGUGAUCAUAUGAAGAAGGGACCAGUCAGACCACCUAGACCAGGGACGCCCGAGCUUGCUAGAGUGAAGACUCCUGCUCCAGUUGCCAGUCCGACAGCUCAGGGGCUGAUUAAACAAGUUGCUCCUGCUGUUUCUGCUAGCACUGAAGCUGAUCUCUCUGGCUCUGACCCUGCUCCUUUACAUACCUGUUUCUUAGUAAAUGAAGGAUGGAGUCAACUUGCUGCUAUGCAUUGUGUCAUGCUUCCUGACCUGUUGGGCCUGGAUAAAUUUAGACCACCUCUCCUUGAAAUGUUAGCUCGUAGAUGGCAAGAUCGAUGCUUGGAGGUGCGAGAAGCUGCCCAGGCCUUGCUGUUAGCAGAAUUGAGAAGAAUUGAGCAGGCAGGCAGGAAGGAGACGAUUGACAUGUGGGCUCCGUAUUUGCCGCAGUAUAUGGACAGUGUUAUCUCACCUGGAGUGACCACAGAAGCAAUUCAGACCGCUACUGCUGCUCCUGAACAAUUGGUAUCUGAAACUAAAAUUCCAGAAGAGGAGCAUGACCUUGUUGAUGAGGACAUCUCAGCAGGUUCUCUGUCUGGAUUUCCGCAAAUGAAAAAAAUAACUAUGUCGUAUGAAGAGAGGCGAAAGCAAGCUACUGCUAUAGUUCUGCUAGGAGUAAUUGGAGCAGAGUUCGGAGCGGAAAUUGAACCUCCAAAGUUGCUGACCAGACCGCGCAGCUCUAGUCAAAUUCCCGAAGGGUUUGGCUCAACGAGUGUUGGAUCCAACUAUUCUUUGGCGAGGCAUACUUGCAAGGCCUUGACGUAUCUUCUGCUGCAGCCUCCCAGCCCAAAACUUCCGCCACACAGCACCAUCAGAAGAACUGCCAUUGAUCUCAUAGGACGAGGGUUUACGGUAUGGGAGCCUUAUAUGGAUGUCUCUGCUGUGCUGAUGGGCCUGUUGGAGCUCUGUGCCGAUGCUGAGAAGCAACUUGCAAACAUCACAAUGGGGCUGCCUCUGAGUCCAGCAGCUGACUCCGCCCGCUCUGCACGACACGCUCUCUCGCUCAUUGCCACGGCCAGACCACCCGCCUUCAUAACAACUAUUGCCAAGGAGGUGCACAGGCACACUGCUCUCCAAGCAAAUACUCAAUCUCAGCAGAAUAUUCAUACCAGUACGUUGGCUCGGGCCAAAGGAGAAAUUCUGAGAGUUAUUGAAAUACUUAUUGAAAAAAUGCCUAUGGAUGUUGUAGAUCUCCUUGUAGAGGUUAUGGACAUCAUCAUGUACUGUCUUGAAGGUUCACUAGUCAAGAAAAAGGGACUUCAAGAGUGCUUUCCAGCUAUCUGCAGGUUCUACAUGGUCAGCUAUUAUGAGCGGAGCCACAGAAUAGCAGUUGGAUCUCGCCAUGGUUCAGUGGCGCUCUACGACAUCCGGACUGGAAAAUGUCAGACCAUCCACGGCCAUAAAGGAGCCAUAACAGCCGUGGCUUUUGCUCCCGAUGGACGCUACCUUGCCACUUACUCCAACACAGACAGUCACAUUUCCUUCUGGCAGAUGAACACCUCUCUUCUGGGAAGUAUCGGGAUGCUGAAUUCUGCACCACAGCUCCGCUGCAUUAAAACGUAUCAGGUGCCCCCCGUCCAACCUGCAUCGCCAGGCUCCCACAAUGCCCUCAGACUGGCCAGGCUCAUCUGGACUUCCAAUCGCAAUGUCAUUCUCAUGGCCCACGAUGGCAAAGAGCACCGAUUUGUGGUGUAGAGUCAGGCGUUCUGCUUUCGUUUCUUGCUCUCAAUACAGUUUUGUUUGGAAACCCCCUGUAAAUCUCAUCUUCCUCAUUGUGAUCUUGACACCAGGUGGUCCACGCCAGGGCCCGCACCAGUAACCCAGCGAGAUUGGCCAGGGGAAAUUUCUCCCGUACAGCAGAAGCCUUGCUGUUGACUUAGAGGCACACAUACCAAACUCAGCAGCCUGCAGCAGUUAUGCCAGCAUGUAGGGUUUCCCCCCUUUAUCCGUAGGGAGAAUAAGAACCAUGAGAACGCAGCUAUGCUUCUUCGGGUUGCGACUGCUUCAGUAAGACUCUCUGGAAGAUCUUGAUUUUAUUAAGUUAAAAGGAAAAGGAAAAAAUCAAAUCGCAGCAUUUAAACCGGGCUUAAUCUAAUCGCUUUGAGAGUGGCUGAAAUGAUUCACAGGGUUUUAAGUUAAAACUUUUUUUUUCUUCCUUUGAAGUAUUUAGAAUCCUGAUGUUUACUGAAAGUAUGUUUGUUUACAUGGAUGCUCCUCCAGCUGUGCUCCUAGCCUAAAAUGGGUGGUGGCAGAGAGGUGGGCUUGUAGCAUCCACACACAGGUCUCCACAUGCAUUCUUACGGCACUUCUUGACUUACAGGACAGGGUCAGAUGGCCCCCAUGUGCAUAGGAAAUCCCCCGCGUCCACUAGAGAUGCUGGUUCACAGCAUUAAAGGUUUAUUGUACCUGUCAGGCUCAGGAUUUCACAGCAAAAUAUAUGGGAAAGAGAAUUUUCCACUUCCUUCAAACCGGCGAUGCUUCCUUAUAUACAUUCUUGAUUGAUUUGGAAAUGAUGGCGUGCUUUAAUGAGCAAAGAAGCAAUUUUACGUUUCAUGUGUCAGGGAAGAGAGAAUAAUAUUGACUGUGGUGUUAAUUUUUUUUAUUUAAAAAAAAUGAAAAUGUGCAAGGUUACUGGAGAAAAAGGAUGGCUGUUAGCAUUUCCUUUGCUGCUAAUACAGAUAUUUGUGUCCACGAGGGUUCUCUCUCCCAGAUUUCUCUUGAACUGGACCCAACCAAAAUAGGACCCCAGUGAAUUUUGUUCUGAUGUCAGCUUAAUCAUGACGCAACACAUUUUCAACAUUUAGAUCUCAUUAAAGGACAGGAGUUUUAAGAGGUGGAUGUAUUUGAUGGAAUGCAUCACUGGUCAUUGGUGCAGCAAAUUGCUACUAUACUUUUUAACAGUUUCAAUAAGUGAGCAAUGUAGAUGUUCACAUAUCGCCUGUAUUUAUUACUGUGUGAAUGCACAUGGAGUUUUGUUCCUAGUACGGCAGGGAAAACAGUCUGGAGAAUGUUUUAUUUAAAUGGUGGUGCAUAUAGACGUGUGCUUUUCUAGCUUGCAUUCUCUUUGCCUUAAAUCUGGGGAAUAUGCAGAGAGAAUGCUCUUAGUGUCUGCUAACACGUUGAACAGAAAUUGAGCCUUUCAGGUCCAAAAAUAGAUCUUGAAUGAAUAGAUAAAGGGGGGGGGGAUGAUGACUUCUGAGUUGAAAAACCAUUGACUACAUUCUUUUAAGCACUGCUUGUAUGUAGCCCCCAUGGAUAUGAAUGAGAAUUGCACAAGAGCAAUCCAGUAGUCUUGCUCUCGUCUCAUAUGUUUCAACGGGGCCUGUGCUGAAGCAGUUCCUAGUAGUUUGCAUACAUUGAUUUUUUUUUGGUUAACCAUCUCUGUUCAAUACACUGUACAUGUAAGCAGGAUUACACAGGCUGCAAUCAACAUAUCUACCUACAUGAGAUUUUAAAAGCAGAGAAAGAAAUUAAAGACCACUAGGAAUGUUUAUCUCAUAGUUGUUGUGAGUUUAUAUCCUUUUCAGCUAUGGCAAAGCUUAAAUGGAGUUUAUCUAUUGGUGGUGAAAUUUUGUUGUGGAUCUUCCAUGUUUUUGAAGUGAACUUACCCAACAGGUACCAGGAUUUGGAAAAGGCAAGAAAGCAUACACAAAAUAUGUAUGCUCUUUUCUACCAAAUCAGAAUGUUAGUAUGACAUAAACAGAAAUUAACCAUUUGUGCAUUUCCCCUUGGGCAUUCCAGAGUCAUAUUUACUUCUCUUACACAGACUUCUUUGUUGCUCAUCCAUCCUUUUCCCCUUUCCUUGUGGUGCCCGUGAUUCAAAGCUCCACAAGGCUCCCUUGCUCACAUGGAGCUCUGCAUGGCAAGCUGCCUCGUGUCGUCAGCGGUGGCUAAAUGCUUCUUGCAUGCGGUGGGACUUGGUGCAAAUACUUCUCCCCAUCACUGCAGAAAAUGGAAGGAGCCUCUGCUUGCAGAAAGCUCCACAGACCCACUGUGAUCAGAACUUUAUAUUACCAUAAGCAGAGGGCUGCUACCCAAAAUGGCGCCUCUGCACAGAGUUCCUGUCCUCUCCCCUUCUUAAUAUGUUGCAACAACAUCCAUGUCCCGACUUUGGCAUAAGAGCAACAGCCAGCCAAGGAAAUACAAAGGCACAUAAGAUUUACUACAAACUACAAGGGGAGGCAUUCAGAACCCAAAAAAGUGGCUGCUGAUUUCACAUGCCUGCAGCUUCUGUGUGUGUUGCAACAUGGAGUUUCACUCUGGGUGUCUACCAGACCUGUUACAUUAUGCUGAAUGAGAGCAAAUCUGCCAAGUGGUGCUACACAAUUUAUGUCCAUUUCAGUGGGACCUGUGUGAAGCCCCCACUUAUUUAUUUCAAGUGCAGAAUGUGGAGCAACUGCACUGCCCCGUUUUUAUUUUUUAAAUGCUUAACAUGUAUUUCCUAAAUUCCGGCCGCUUUAAAUUAAGCCAUGGAAAAACACGCUACAUGCUUUUAUCACUAGGAAGUAGUUCAGUGUUGUGAAAGAUCUAAGAAAGAAGUUUAAAUGCUGUACCUUCUUAAAAUUAUGUAUUCUGCAGAUAUCUAACACGUGGUGCAUUAUGUCUUCUAUUUAAAUAAAUAAAAAACAGAGUGCUUUUAAACCAAUAGGGGAAGCUAGCCUGCAAAAAAAGAGUAAUUUAAACAUGAGAAUCAAUAUUUAUGUGCUAGCAACUACAACAGUCUGCUAGGCUUUGAAUGGGAACCCACACAACCCUCUCACUGAAAUAAAUGGAGACUGUGCUACAGCCGGCAGCGUUCAGUGGAUUUUUGAUCUAGAAGUCUUAAUUUCCCUCACACGCAAAUCAGCGCUUGAGUGACUUUCUCAGCCCUCACUGCAAACUUCAUCACGGCUUAGACCUUUCAGCACUGCAGUAAAAUUUGUAUUGUCAUUCCAGUGUAAGCUUUUAGUGUUUUAUUGAUUUGUUUAGUACUGUAUUUGGAUUUGUCCUUGUAAAUGUAGAGACGUACGUGGCUUCAUUGGCAGUUUACAAGCAAAAGAUGACAUGAUGAGACACCUGUAUGAAAAUGUUGUCAUGACUAAAGUCGCGGUGUACGGUAACUGAUUAAAAUGUCUGCCUCAAGAAACGACUGGGCGAUUCCACUUAUUGGCUGCUGCAUGUACCCAAUGGCCCUGUGUAGAUAAUGUCUGUGAAAUAAAUGCUAAAUUGGACC